CACGUCACUUCUCUUCAGAAAAAUAGGAUGUCGAGCUGAAAGGCGGCCUGUUUGCAUGGCUAACCACGGCUUAUUGGCAUUAUGAAAUACUUGGCUUUUAGAUCUUCAGGUUAAAUCUCGCUAUGCCAGUAAUGUGAAUAGAGCUAUAGCCCGCGAAAUCAUCCCUGAGAGGGGCGCGGGAAAGUUUGGAGCGUUGCUGGUUUCGAAGCUCUCAUCAACGUUAAUAAUAUUCAGAGUCCUUCCAAAUGUUGUUCCUUUCCUUAUAAGUCUGCCAAGAACACAGAUUGGAAACGUCAAGGCGAUUUGCCUCUUCGGGGGAGGUGUAUAUAUGGCUAUGGCCACGUCACAAAAUGGUCCUGUGGUUUGGGGUGGGAGGAGCAUCUUGGACAACAUGGUUGGCGUCAGUGACAUGGUUCUGCUUGAGCCCCUAACCGAGGAUGCCAUUAUGGAGAAUUUAUGGGAUAGAUAUAAUGCUAAAGCUAUAUAUACCUAUAUUGGCAAUGUAGUGGUCUCAAUCAACCCAUAUAGAAAGUUCCCUCUCUACACCAGAGAAGUCAUUGCUGAAUACAGAUCAAGGAACAUAUAUGAGCUCCCUCCCCAUAUAUAUGCCAUUGCUGAUGAUGCAUACAGAUCCAUGCGGGACCACAACAAGGACCAGUGCAUCAUCAUAACUGGGGAAAGCGGGUCUGGUAAAACAGAGGCUUCCAAGGUGAUAAUGCAGUAUGUUGCUGCCGUCUGUGGCAAGGGUCGUGAAGUAGAUAGGGUGAAGGAGCAACUUCUACAGUCCAACCCUAUACUUGAGGCAUUUGGGAAUGCCAAGACAUUGCGAAAUGACAAUUCCUCACGUUUUGGAAAGUACAUGGACAUAGAAUUCGAUUUUAAAGGGGAUCCUGUAGGUGGAGUCAUCACCAAGUACCUUUUAGAGAAGUCCCGCCUUGUUUAUCAGAACAAAGGGGAAAGGAAUUUUCACAUCUUCUACCAUUUAUUACGUGGUGCAUCAGACAAUCUGCUGGAUGACUUGCGACUUACUCGAGAUUUCGAUGGCUACCAUUACCUUAACCAAAGUGAAUGUGUUUCUGUACCCACAAAAGAUGACAAGGAGGAUUUUUCUGUUGUGGAGAAAGCCAUGGAGGUGGUCGGCUUCACUGAAGACGAAAUUUCUGCAGUUUAUAAGUUAUUGUCUGCAAUUCUAAAUCUGGGAAAUACUGAACUUGAGGAGUUCACGACUAGUGAUGGUACUGAAGCGGUCACCGUUCUAAACGAACAAGUUCUAAAGAACACAUGCGAGAUGCUGCAAUGUGACGUCGAGCUGCUGCUCAAUUCACUGCGAGAGCGCACCGUCGAGACCAAAACCGAGCGAGUACACACCCCUUUAAAUGUUGCCCAGGCAAGCUAUGCUCGAGAUGCCUUGGCCAAGGCGGUCUACCAGCGCUUGUUUGCAUGGAUCGUCGAUAGGGUUAAUGACAGCAUCCAGGUACGCAAGCGAGGUAAAAGAAAAGUGAUUGGAGUGUUGGAUAUCUACGGAUUCGAGAUAUUUGUGGACAACAGCUUUGAGCAGUUUAUCAUCAACUACUGUAACGAAAAACUUCAGCAGAUUUUCAUCGAGCUUACUCUAAAAUCCGAGCAGGAAGAGUAUGUUAGAGAGGGCAUUGAAUGGACCACCAUUGAAUACUUCAACAAUGCAGUCAUUUGUGAGCUGAUCGAGAAGAAUCAUUCUGGAAUCCUGGCACUACUUGAUGAAGAAUGCUUACGACCUGGAGAGGUGAGCGACUUGACGUUUCUUGAAAAGCUUGACAAGCAGUGGAUCCAUCACGAGCAUUAUGAGAGCCGCAAAGACAAGAAAUACCUUUCUGACAAAACUUUACCACAUGGCUACUUCAGGUUGAAGCACUACGCAGGCAAGGUGACCUAUGACGUUGACGGCUUUCUGGACAAGAAUAAUGAUCUUCUCUUCAGAGGCUUGUCACAGUGCAUGUACAGCUGCAACCAUCCUCUCACUAAGAAACUUUUUCCCGAAGGUUGCCCAACGAAGUCAUCCAAGCGACGGCCAAAAACCACAGCGACUCAGUUCAAGGAGUCUGUCGCUGAGCUGAUGAAAAAUUUGAAAUCGAAAAACCCCAAUUACAUUCGUUGCAUCAAGCCAAACGAGCGAAAGGCUGCUGGAGUUUUCGACGAGCGAUUGAUCAAACAUCAAGUCCGUUACCUCGGCUUGAUGGAAAACAUCCGCGUUCGCCGCGCAGGAUUCGCGUUCAGACAGGAGUAUCCAGUGGCGCUUCAGCGCUACAAGAUGCUAUGUCCCCGCACAUGGCCGAACUGGCUUGGAGCGCCCCGUGACGGGAUAGUUGAGCUACUCAAGCACCUCAAUGUCAAACCUACAGAGUACGCAUACGGAAGAACUAAAAUCUUUAUCCGAAACCCGCGAACGCUCUUUGCAUUGGAGGAGAAGAGGAAAGACGGCAUGGAAGACCUGGCUGUCAUCAUUCAGAAGAUUUUCCGUGGCUGGAGACGGAAGAAACAGUACCAGAACAUGAGGCGGAGUGAGAUCACCAUUGCCAAGUACUACCGCAGGUUCCGGGACCAAAGAGACUAUAGGAGAAUGAGAAAUGCUGCGAUACUGAUAGCUUCCUAUGCAAGGGGUUGGAAGGCAAGGAAAGCAUACCGUGCAAUUCUGUACGAGCGACAGUGCAUCUGGGCAGUGGGAAUCAUCAAGGCUUAUUUCGUGGGAUGGAGGGUGCGCAAACUGUUCAACCCUAAGUUCCGACGGAACGCUGCACCAAAGAUUAUCCGUUUCAUCAGGCAUUUCUUGAUGUUCCGGUAUUUUACUAACCUGAAGAAGAAUCUUCCUUCAAGAAGGCCUCUUGACACCUACUGGCCGUCAGCUUCUCCCCUCUUCAGGCGGACAAACUCCAUACUGAAGAAUAUGUACCAUCGCUGGAGGUGUAUGAUGUACCGAAAAAGUUUGGAUAAUGGGAGAAAAGCAGUGCUACGGGAAAAGCUACAAGCCAGCGAGCUGUUCAAGGACAAAAAAGUCAUCUACCCUGCUACGGUUUCCGUGCCAUUUUUAGGAGAUCGUCUCGAGCUCGUCUCCAAUCCUAAAUGGAAGAAGAACGCGGUCGCGCACGAAGUGAUUGUCUGGUCGGACAAUGUCCUGAAGGUGCACCGCAAAGAUGGCAAGACUGUCCCUCGAGUUCUUGCCGUGACGUGCUCAGAGUUUAUUGUCGCUGACCCCAAGUCGAUGAGUGCCAAGUACAGAGUGUCGCUUGGAGACGUUCAAAAGAUCUCCGUCAGUCCUCUCAAAGAUGGCUUGGUCGUCUUCCAUGUUCGACCGGAAAAAACCGAUAAAGAUCACGUGAAAGGCGAUUACGUGUUCCAGACUGACCACGUGAUUGAGCUUGUUACCAAGGUGAUGAUGCAGCUGGAUGCAGAGCGGGACUUGUUAGCAGACGUCCAUGUGGCCGAAAACAUUGCGGUGAAUUUUCAAGGGCACAUAUUGGAAAUGCACUUCCAAAAUUCAGGACGCGAGCUCCCACAAGCGCUUUGCAAAAGGAAGGGAGCGACAAUAGAUAUAUUUGUUUGAAUUAUAUAGUAUUUCAUAUUACGCUUUAAUAUGCAAUAUUGAAUUGUUCUCAGACGUGUACUCUAUAAAACAAGACAGUUUCACUGUCUUUCUACGCGAGUCUCCGGUUAGUUUGGAUAAGAUAUAAUAGUAAUUUUGUCUAGAUCCAAGGGUACUUUAAGAUGGCCAGUUAGAUUUAUACUGUUGAGUAACAAGUCUUGAAUAAUGGUUAGUGUAUCGUAGUUAGUUGUUUUAUAAGAAAUCAGUUAUGUUUAGGGAAAAGGGAACUGCUAAAGAAACACAAACACAAGCCAAUGUUAGAAAAAUAUAACUUUAAUUAACUGCAACUUUGAAAUUAUUUACUCAUAUAAUAUCAAUAAAAUAUGUUUUUUUUGUAACGAGUAUGGGAUUUCUACCAUAUAUAAUACUUUUGAAUAUGGUCAUAUAACAAACAACAUACACUGGUAGAUGCUUUGGUUUGGAUACAUCUUUGCUGUUUUAUCUCAGACAGGUGUAACAGCUGUUUUAUAAGCACUUGCAAGUUUUUGGUGACAGCAUUUUACUGCAGUUUUCCAGGGACUGCUUUUGUCUGUGAAAAGUAAAAUCAUGUCUGACACCAAAUUAAUAUAGACCCAACAAGUCAGUACAUAUAAGACAGCCAUACAGUAGGUGGUGUUUUUGAUGUUAAACAUUCCAUUAAACAGUUAUUUAGAAUAAUAUAUUGACAAUAAAAUGUCAGAAUAAAGAAACUUUGUCUGAUAUUCAUAAUCAGACUUAUAAUCAUAAGUACCAUAUUCUUUGAAAAUAAUAUUAAUCAUUGUUGUGUCAAAUUUGUUCUAUUUAGAUAUAAUACCAGAAGCAAUGCAAGUAUUUAACAAAACAAAUAAAUACAAUUAAAAGCAUAUUCUUGCCUGCUGAGGAAUUGAACAAUAUAAUUUCAAAACUGCUUUUCCCAUCUUGGGGACAGGUCCAAAAGGUUGUGACAGGUUUGAAUACAUGUAAGCUCAUCAGGUCACUAUAAUAAUAGCUCAUCAGGUCACUAUAAUAAAACCAACCCCGUUUUACAGGGUACAAGGUACCUUGCCAACACAAGCAAGGUCUUGGAAAACUAGCCAACCAGGAUGCGGAAAUCAGAGGUGGAUUGAUUGAAACAUUUUCAAAAUCUAGUACACUAAAGGCUAAGAACAAUUCUAAUCAAUCAAAAAGUAUCCAGUACUUCCAGAUUGGCUAACUCUCUAAG